AUGUCCACCAAUACCGAUCGUAUCGAUAUUGAUAAACCAAGAUGGGAUCAGAACACAUUUAUGGGCAGAUUUAAACGUUUUUUCAAUGUUACCAAUCCCAUGAAUGGACUACACUCCGAUAAGGAACUAUUUCAAGCCAAGGAACUCGUGGAGGCAUACAGGGAAAACCGUGAACCUCCAGGAACAACCUUACAGCAAAUCCGCCAGGCUAAAACCAUCUACGAUUCAGCCUUUCACCCCGAUUCUGGAGAUUUAAUGAAUGUUAUCGGUAGAAUGUCUUUUCAAGUCCCUGGCGGUAUGAUCAUUACUGGCUGUAUGCUGCAGUGGUACAGGACGAUGCCGGCGGUUGUCUUUUGGCAAUGGAUUAAUCAGUCUUUCAAUGCCUUAGCCAACUAUACUAAUCGAAAUGCUAAAUCGCCUAUAUCCACCACACAAUUAGGUGCAGCCUAUGUCUCGGCUACGAGCGCCGCAGUUGCUACCGCUUUAGCUUUAAAUUCUUUAACCAAGCGAGCCCGCCCAGUAGUUGCUAGACUAGUCCCGUUUGCUGCUGUUGCUGCAGCGAACUGUGUCAACAUUCCUCUUAUGAGGCAAAGGGAACUACUAGACGGUAUUAUAGUAACCGAUCAAGACGGAAACAACAUUGGGGAGUCUAAGGUCGCUGCUAGAAAAGCAAUCUCUCAGGUUUGCGUUUCAAGAAUAACUAUGGCUGCUCCUGGGAUGACUUUUUUACCCUUUUUUAUGGAACGAUUUGAUAAGACACCAUUCAUGAAGAGAUUUCCCUUUCUUGGAGCCCCAAUACAAACAUUUUUCGUCGGAAUGUUCUUAAUAGUAAUGACUCCAGCUGCUUGUGCCAUUUUCCCUCAAAAAAGUUCUCUUCAAACUGACAAGUUGGAAUCACAGUUGCAGGAAAUUAUUUCUAAAAAGUACGAUAAUUCCAUUGAAAAGGUUUACUUCAACAAGGGAUUAUAA